AUGUGUUCUGCUAUAGGCCUCGACGGUGACGGAGUUGUUGGCAGUGCUAAAACAGACAUUGCUAAAAUCUGGUCUGGCGGUUCUGUUCAGUGGGUACCAGAAAGUAUAUACAGUGUGGUUUGCAAUGUGAACAUCAAGUUAUAUCCAUUUGAUCACCAAGUCUGCACGGUUACAUACUACGUAUCUGAUGAGACUAUAACAACCGUUAUGCUUGACUAUCCUAAAAGCGUCACUUUUGACGAAUACACGGAGAAUUCAGCGUGGAAAAUAACCAGUCUCAGCAAGAGGAAGUACCUCCUAUAUAACACGUACCACAUUGACAUAGAAUUCCAGCUACAGAGACGACCUAACUUUGCAACAUUUACUUUGAUUAUGCCUCUCCUGAUGUUGGCAUUUCUUAAUAUUUGCGUGUUUCUUGUUCCUGUUGGGUCUGGUGAGAAAGGUUCUUUCGCAAUUACCAUAUUUCUUUCUUACGGUAUCUUCGUUACAAUCGUAAGUGACACUCUACCGGACAAUUCCCUUCAAAUUUCUUGCUUUCUUCUCUUUAUCAUCGUCCUGCUCUUCAUGAGCGUUCUUUCCGUCGUGUACACCAUCAUACAAGCCAACCGUAUGUCAAGUAUUGGUGACAAACCAUGCAGCAUCAAAUGUUUUCAGCCUAGAAAACCCGUAAUAAUGAGACCGACACCUUUUGAUCCAACUAGAGGAUAUACGGAUGACAAGAAUGAUCCAGCAGAAUGUAAAGUAGAUAACAGAAAUGAUGAUGGUGAGAUAUACACCUGGGCAAUGUUUCUGGAGAAAGUCGACGUGAUUCUCUUCAUCAUCUUCUUUGCUCUGGUACUGUUAGCAACGUCUGGUUUCUUCAGUCUGAUGCUUCAAAGAGUAAGCGAGGACAAGUUCAGUAAAAUAUAG